UUACUCCUCGGCAUCGUCCGUUAUCUAGUCAACUGGUUUCGCGUUGCAACCAGUUGCAACAUCGAAUUUGUUGAUCGACCGUUUUGGGUCGUUGUCGCCUUGUUAGGCGUGUACUCAUUUUAAAUUCGUUUUGGACUUUAAAAUAAAAUAAAAGCACAAAGAAGGUUCCAGACUGUGAAUCUUGAGACAUGAUACGAACCACGUCGAGAAUACGUAACGAAUUGAUAUGUGCAAUCUUCCGUGGUUCCGUGCGAACCAGCACCAAAUCCAUAGUCGUUCGGUAUCUUCACAGAAAACAUCAACAAAGACUUCAGCUUUACAGUGCUUUGCGUUUUAUCUCGACACCAUGGCAACAACAGCUCAGGUUCUAUGUUGAUUAUCCUAAUCAUAUCAAGGUCCCGCUUCCAGCAUUGUCUCCUACCAUGGAAACAGGAACAAUAAUCAGCUGGCAGAAGAAGGAAGGUGACAAGUUAAAUGAAGGUGAUCUGCUAGCAGAGAUCGAAACAGAUAAAGCUACCAUGGGAUUUGAAACUCCUGAGGAAGGUUAUCUAGCCAAGAUCUUGGUACCUGCGGGAACAAAGAACGUACCUAUAGGCAAACUAGUUUGCAUUAUUGUACAAGAUGAGUCUAAUGUAGCUGCAUUUAAGGACUUUAAAGAUGAUACAAUGGCUGCACCUCCUCCUAAACCAACAACUAUAACACCUGCAUCGCCAACUAUAACAACACCAGUAGCUCCAUCUGUAUCAGCUGUGGCAAAAGUUCCUUCUAUCGUGCCACCUUCCAAAGAAAGAAUAUAUGCCAGUCCAUUAGCAAAAAAAUUAGCGGCUGAAAAAGGACUUAGUUUACAGGGCCUAAAGGGAACAGGAUUGUAUGACUCUAUAACAUCCAAAGAUUUGGAAGGUGCGGUAGUACAGCCAUUACAACCAGUGAUAACUAGCAUUGGCGCACCAACUGGAAUAGAUAUUCCUAUAUCAAAUAUACGUGCAAUUAUUGCUAAACGUUUGUCGGAGAGCAAGCAGACGAUUCCGCAUUAUUAUCUCUCGGUAGAUAUAAAAAUGGAUCCUGUAUUGGCGAUGCGAGAACAGUUUAAUAAAUUGUUAGAAAAGGACAAAAUCAAAUUAAGUAUAAAUGACAUUAUCAUCAAAGGAAUGGCAAUGGCUUGUAAAAAGGUACCAGAAGGUAAUAGCGCCUGGUUAGGAAAUAUAAUUCGACAAUAUAAUAAUGUGGACGUUAGUGUAGCAGUAAGCACAGAUAGCGGUCUAAUCACUCCCAUAGUGUUUGGUGCUGACGUAAAAGGUAUAGUUCAAAUCAGUAAAGAUGUGAAAGCAUUGGCUAUGAAAGCAAGAGAAGGAAAAUUAAAACCGCAUGAGUUUCAAGGAGGAACAAUUACCGUGUCCAAUCUGGGCAUGUUCGGAAUUAAGAAUUUUUCUGCUAUAAUAAAUCCUCCACAGUCUAUCAUUCUUGCUACAGGUGUUACAGAAGCUAGACUGAUACCUGCCAAAAAUGAGAAAGGAUUUACCACUGCCCAAUAUAUGUCUGUAACUGCUAGUUGCGAUCACCGUAUAGUUGAUGGUGCAAUAGGCGCACAAUGGUUAACCGCUUUUAAGGAUUUGAUGGAAAAUCCAACGACAAUGCUUUUAUAAAAUGUUACUUUGGACAAAAAUACGAUCUACACAUAAUUAAAGGGAUGUUUCAGAAGUAAUA